AUGACGGAGAACCAUUCUCCUUCUACCCAAGCAGCCGUGCCGGCGCCGGUGACUGAGCCGGCGGCCAUCCAGGCGGCCAUCCAGGCCACUUCACCUCCUUCCGCCUCGGUCUCAGCGACCGUCGCCGCCGCUGCUGCGGCCGCCAGUGAGCAGCUGCCGUGCCAGUGGGUCGGAUGCACUGAGAAGUCACCCAAUGCCGAGUCUCUAUAUGAGCAUGUUUGUGAGCGACAUGUUGGACGUAAAAGCACCAACAAUCUCAACCUGACCUGUCAGUGGGGUACUUGCAACACCACCACAGUCAAGCGUGAUCAUAUCACGUCCCACAUCCGUGUUCACGUGCCGCUCAAGCCUCACAAGUGUGACUUCUGUGGUAAGGCUUUCAAGCGACCUCAGGAUCUGAAGAAGCAUGUCAAGACCCAUGCCGACGACUCGGAGAUCCGCUCUCCGGAACCGGGCAUGAAGCAUCCGGAUAUGAUGUUCCCUCAGAACCCUAAGGGUUAUGCUGCUGCCACACAUUACUUCGAGAGCCCUAUCAACGGCAUCAAUGGGCAGUAUUCGCACGCACCGCCCCCACAGUACUACCAGCCACACCCCCCACCUCAGGCCCCCAACCCGCAUUCCUACGGCAAUGUGUACUAUGCCCUGAGCCAAGGACAAGAGGGAGGUCACCCUUAUGAUCGUAAGCGUGGAUAUGAUGCGUUGAACGAGUUUUUUGGCGACUUGAAGCGCCGCCAGUUCGACCCUAAUUCUUAUGCCGCGGUCGGCCAGCGUCUGUUGGGUCUGCAGGCCCUUCAGCUUCCCUUCCUCAAUGGCCCUGUGCCUGAAUAUCAGCAAAUGCCUGCGUCUGUUGCGGUCGGCGGCGGCGGUGGUGGUUACAGCCCUGGUGGUUCUCAGGCUCCGGGCUACCACCUUCCCCCCAUGUCAAAUGUUCGGACUAAGAACGAUUUAAUCAACAUCGAUCAAUUCCUCGAGCAAAUGCAGAAUACAAUCUACGAAAGCGAUGAGAAUGUGGCGGCUGCCGGCAUUGCCCAGCCCGGCGCGCAUUACCUCCCGCCAAGCCACGUUACUGCAACUAGCUCAGCCCCCAUGGCUGCUUCGGCCCACUCCCCAUCGGUCGGCACCCCAGCUUUGACCCCGCCUUCCAGCGCACAGUCAUACACCUCCAACCGCUCUCCUAUCUCCAUGCACCAUGCUCACCGCGUGUCGCCCCCUCACGAGAGCGGCCCGGGUAUGUACCCCCGCUUGCCGUCGACUACCGUCGCCGACAGCAUGACCGCAGGCUACCCGACCGCCUCAGGUGCCGCACCGCCCUCUACCCUGAGCGGCGCGUAUGACCACGACGACCGCCGCCGCUACACCGGCGGUACCUUGCAACGCGCGAGACCGGCCGACCGUGCUGCCACCGAGGACCGCAUGGAUAUCUCCCAUGAUGUCAAGGAUGACGGCGAGCGCACUCCCAAGGCUAUUCACAUCUCGGAGAGCUUGAUUGACCCCGCUCUGUCGGGUACCUCGUCUGAUCCCGACCAGGAGGAUGUCAAGCGUACUGCGCAAGCGGCCACUGAAGUCGCCGAGCGCGAUGUCAACGUUGCCUGGGUUGAAAAGGUCCGCCUGCUUGAGAACCUCCGUCGCUUGGUUUCUGAAUUGCUCGAGGCCGGUAGCCUUACUGCUGAAUAUGGAGUGCAGAGUUCUUCGGCUUCUCCGCCCGGACUCGAUGCCAUGGAGGGAGUUGAGACUGCCAGUGCACGUGCCGGUUCUGAGAAGCCCCAGGAAGAGCACGCCAACUCUGCAGCUGAGAGAGUCUUCUAUCCCAUGUUACGUGGUGUGGAUGAGGACGAGGAUGGGGACGCCAAGAUGCCUCAGUAA